CUUAUAGAAGAUGGACUCUCUCUGAUUUUGUUUGGUUUGACUCAAGAGGAAUUUUUAAAUAGACUAAUGAUCCAUGGAAGUGCCAGCACUGUGGACUCUCUUUGCCAUCUCAAUGGUUGGGGGAGGUGCUCCAUCCCCAUACAUGCACUAGAGGCAGGAAUAGAAAAUCGUCAGCUGGACACAGUAGAUUUCUUUUUGAAGAGCAAGGAAAAUCUUUUGAGUCCAUCCUCAAAAUCUUCUGUACCUGAUCAGUUUGAUCACUUUCCAUCCCAUUUAUAUUUAAAAUAUGUCGAAGAGCUGACACCAGCAUUGGAUUUACUUUGCUCAGCAAUUAGAGAAAAUGAUUCUGAAACCCAGAGCAAACACUUUUCGGAACAGUUGCUUAAUCUUACACUGUCUUUCCUUAACAAACAAAUAAAGGAGCUUUUUAUUCACAAUGAAGGGCUAGAUGAACAUCUACAGAAAGGAGUGAACAUUUUGACCAGCUACAUUAAUGAACUUCGAACCUUCAUGAUAAAGUUUCCUUGGAAGCUAACAGAUGCUAUAGAUGAAUAUGAUGUAAAUGAAAAUGUCCCCAAAGUAAAGGAGAGCAAUAUAUGGGAGAAGCUCAGCAUUGAGGAAGUUAUUGCCAAUGCCAUUUUAAACAACAAAAUACCAGAGGCACAAACUUUCUUCAGGAUUAACAGUCAUUCUGCUCAAAGACUCGAGGAGUUGAUUAGAAUAGGCCUAGAUUUGGUCUUUGACAAUUUGAAAAAGAAUAAUAUAAAGGAAGCCUCUGAGCUUUUGAAGAAUAUGGGCUUUAAUGUAAAAGACCAGUUGCUCAAGAUAUGCUUCUAUACAACUGAUAAAAACAUACGGGACUUUUUGGUUGAAAUUUUAAAAGAAAAAAAUUAUUUUUCUGAAAAAGAAAAAAGAACUAUAGACUUCGUGCAUCAAGUUGAGAAGUUUUAUUCAGGACAUUUCCAAGAAAAUAUGCAGAUCCAGUCUUUUCCCAGGUAUUCGAUAAAGGAACAAGAUUUUUUCAAGCACAAGUCUGUUUUGGACUCAUUCCUGAAAUAUGAUCAUAAAGAUACAGAUAAACUUAACAAGCAAGAUCACAGAAUUGUGUUAACUUGGGCUCAGUGGUGGAAUCAACUAACACAAGAAUCCAUCCUUCUCCCCAGGAUAAGUCCAGAAGAAUACAAAUCAUAUUCUCCCGAAGCCCUCUGGAGAUACCUCACAGCUCGCCAUGAUUGGUUCAGCAUUAUCUUGUGGAUUGGAGAAUUUCAGACCCGGAAUAGUUAUGCCUCACUUCAGCAGAACAAAUGGCCCCCUCUGACUGUUGACGUUGUUGAUCAGAAUACUCGCUGCAACAACUACAUGAGGAAUGAAAUUUUAGAUACGCUGGCCAGGAAUGGAAUUUUUCUUACAUCUGAACUAGAAGACUUUGAACUCUUUCUCAAAAGACUGAAUCGUAUUGGGGGAGUUAUGCAAGAUACCCUCCCUGUUCAAAACUAUAGGUCCAAAGAUGGUUGGGAUUUCCAUUGUCACUUCAUUCUCUAUUGUUUGGAACACAGUCUGCAGUAUCUUCUUUAUGUCUUUCUUGACUAUUACAAACUUAGUCCUCCAAAUUGUCCCUUUUUGGAAAAAAAAGAAUUACAUGAAGCUCACCCUUGGUUUGAAUUUUUAGUUCAGUGUCGACAAGUUUCCAGUAAUUUAACAGAUCCCAAACUGAUCUUCCAGGCUAGCCUUGCAAAUGCUCAGAUACUGAUUCCCAGCAACCAGGCCAGUGUAAGCAGUAUGCUAUUGGAAGGACAUACCCUCCUGGCCCUUGCUACCACAAUGUAUGCCCCUGGGGGCGUCAGCCAGGUUGUUCAGAAUGAAGAAAAUGAGAACUGUGUGAAGAAAGUAGAUCCCCAGCUACUGAAGAUGGCAUUAACUCCUUACCCCAAGCUUAAAACUGCUCUCUUCCCACAGUACACUGCCCCUAGUGUCCUGCCACCAGAUAUUACACUCUACCACCUGAUUCAGUCAUUAUUGCCCUUUGAUCCUAGCAGAUUGUUUGGCUGGCAGUCUGCCAACACACUGACUAUAGGAGAUGCAGCAAGUCAGCUCCCACAUUUCUCUAGCCCUGACCUGGUUAAUAAAUAUGCUAUAGUAGAACGUCUGAAUUUUGCUUAUUAUUUACAUCAUGGACGACCAUCGUUUGCGUUUGGUACUUUUCUGGUUCAGGAAUUAACCAAGAGCAAGACCCCCAAGCAGCUGAUCCAGCAAGUAGGCAAUGAAGCCUAUGUUUUAGGGCUCUCCUCCUUCCACAUACCUUCAAUAGGAGCUGCCUGUGUUUGUUUCUUAGAACUGCUUGGCCUCGACAGCCUCAAGCUCAGAGUUGAUAUGAAAGUGGCCAAUAUAAUUUUGAGCUACAUGUGUAGAAAUGAAGAUGCUCAGUACAACUUUAUCAGAGAGUCUCUAGCUGAAAAACUAUCUAAACUGGCUAUGGGUGAAAAGUCAACCAUAGAAGAAUUGCUCGUUCUCUUAGAAGAAGGUAUACGGGACAGCAUUCAGCAGCAGGAAAUAAAGAGGUUAUCCAGUGAAUCCAGCAGCCAGUGGGCAUUAGUGGUACAAUUCUGCAGGCUCCACAAUCUGAAACUGAGCACAUCUUACCUUAGAGAAUGUGCCAAAGCAAAUGAUUGGUUACAGUUUAUUAUUCACAGCCAACUCCAUAAUUACCACCCAGAGGAGGUGAAAUCUCUUCUCCAGUAUUUCAACCCUGUUCUUCAAGACCACUUAAGACUGGCUUUUGAGAACUUGCCCUCAGCGUCCAAGUCUAGAAUGGACAGUGAUCAAGUCUGCAACAAGUCCCCGCAGGAGCUCCAAAGAAACAAAGUAGAGAUGACUGAUUUCUUUGAAAUUCUGCUUCAGUGCUCAGAGGUGCCAAACUCCUGGUGCUGGCUCCUGGCAGAAGCAGUGAAACAACAGGCCCCAAUCCUUAGUGUCCUGGCCUCAUGUGUCCAGGACGCCAGUGCUAUUCCUUGCCUCUGUGUUUGGAUCAUCACUUCUGUGGAGCACAGUGUUGCAGCUGAAGCAAUGGGACACAUUCAGGACUCAAUGGAGGGCCAUACCUGGGACCUUGAGGACCUCUCAGUCAUCUGGAGGACAUUAUUAACACGGCAGAAGAGCAAAACUCUCAUCAGAGGUUUCCAGCUUUUCUUUAAGGAGUCCCCACUACUCUUCAUGAUGGAGAUGUAUGAACUGUGUAUGUUCUUCAAGAAUUAUGAGGAAGCUGAAGCUAAACUUCUGGCGUUCCGGAAGAGCCUUGAAACUCUUGAAACGGCAGCCACAAGGGUCCACGCUAUCAUUCCUGCCCCAUGGCUGAAGGAGAACGUGUAUUUUCUUUUGAAGCUUAUGCUGCAGCAGUGUAGGACCCAGUAUGAGCUGGGGAAGCUUUUACAGCUGUUUGUUGGAAUAGAGCAUCUCUUCUGUGAUGGUCCAGAUGUAAAGAAGCUGUGUGUCCUUAGCCAAAUUUUGAAGGAUACGUCCAUAGCCAUUAACCGUGUAAUUAUUACCAGCUACAGCCUUGAGAAUCUUCAGCAUGAAUGUAGAUCAAUUUUAGAAAAACUGGAGACAGAUGGAUACUUUGCUUUGGCCAGGAGGGUAGCAGAGCUAGCUGAGCUACCUGUGGACAACUUGGUUAUUGAAGAGAUAACACAGGAAAUGCAGACCUUAAAACACAUUGACCAGUGGUCUCUGAAACAAGCAAGAAUUGACUUCUGGAAAAAAUGUCAUGAGAAUUUUAAGAAAAAUUCCAUCUCAAGCAAAGCAGCUUCUUCCUUUUUCUCAGCCCAGGCUCUUACGGCAAGUGAGUGCCCAGCUGAAGAGGGACCAAGCAGCACUGAGGAGCGCCAUCUGCUGCUCACUCUGGCAGGACACUGGCUUGCCCAGGAGGACCUGGUGCCUUUGAAGGAGCUGGAGGAGCUAGAGAAGCAGAUCUGGCUCUGCCGCAUCACCCAGCACACCCUCAGGGGAAGCCAGGAGAAAAUAGCUCCCAGAUGUUCUCAACAGAUGUCAACUAGUGGUGAACUUUCCUUUGAAAGCUUAGCCAGUGAGUUUUCAUUCUCUAAGUUGGCUGCUCUGAACACAUCAAAAUACUUAGAAUUUAAUGGCCUUCCAUCCAAAGACACUUGUGAGAACAAACUGAAUUGGAAGCAGCAGGAGUCCCUAAACUUUUUGAUUGGGCGCCUAUUGGAUGAUGGCUGUGUGCAUGAAGCAAGUAGAGUAUGCCGAUAUUUUCAUUUCUAUAACCAAGAUGUUGCCUUGGUGUUGCAUUGCAGAGCACUAGCUUCAGGGGAAGCUAGUGUGGAUGACCUGCACCCGGACGUCCAUGCUCUCUUACAAAGUGCUGAGCUGCUUGAGGAAGAAGAAGAACCUGGCUUUCCUCUAAGGAAAGUCCAAAGCACUUCAAGUUUGGAUAGUCAGUCAUUUGUGAUGCUGCCCCCCAGUGAUGAAGUGGUGACUAUUCUGGAAACUCUGACAAGCAGAUGCCUCCAUGGGAAGAAUUAUUGCCAGCAGGUCCUCUGUCUCUAUGCACUUGCCAAGGAGUUGGGCUGUUCCUACACAGAUGUCGCUGCCCAGGAUGGUGAGGCCAUUCUCCGGGUAAUCUUGGCCUCUCAGCAGCCUGACCGAUGCAAGCGAGCUCAAGCCUUCAUCAGCACCCAGGGCCUCGAGCCAGACACAGUGGCUGAACUUGUGGCCGAAGAGGUGACCCGGGAGCUGCUGACCCCAUCAGAGGGAACAGGAUAUAAGCAGACGUUCACCCCAACAGAGGAAAGCCAGACGUUUCUUCAGCUGACUGCUCUGUGUCAAGACCGCACCUUGGUAGGCAUGAAGUUGUUGGAUAAGAUUUCCUCCGUUCCCCAUGGGGACUUGUCUUGCACCACAGAGCUGCUGAUCCUGGCUCAUCACUGCUUCACGCUGACAUGCCACAUGGAGGGCAUCAUCCGAGUCCUGCAGGCCGCCCGGCUGCUCACAGACAACCACUUGGCCCCCAGUGAGGAGUAUGGACUGGUGGUGCGUCUCCUCACUGGCAUUGGAAGGUACAAUGAGAUGACAUACAUAUUUGAUUUGCUGCAUAAAAAACACUAUUUUGAAGUGCUGAUGAGGAAGAAAUUGGACCCGAGUGGUACCCUGAAGACGGCCCUACUGGACUACAUCAAACGCUGCCGCCCUGGGGACAGUGAGAAGCACAACAUGAUUGCCCUGUGUUUCAGCAUGUGCCGGGAGAUUGGGGAGAACCAUGAGGCAGCUGCCUGCAUCCAACUGAAAUUGAUUGAGUCUCAGCCCUGGGAGGACAGCCUCAAGGAUGGGCACCAACUGAAGCAGCUGCUGCUGAAGGCCCUGACUCUGAUGCUGGAUGCAGCAGAGAGUUAUGCCAAGGACUCCUGCGUGCGACAGGCCCUGCACUGUCACCGGCUCACCAAGUUGAUAACACUGCAGAUUCACUUUCUGAACACCGGCCAGAACACAAUGCUCAUCAACCUGGGCCGCCACAGGCUGAUGGACUGUAUCAUGGCCCUACCUCGGUUCUACCAGGCUUCUAUUGUGGCUGAGGCCUAUGACUUUGUUCCUGAUUGGGCUGAAAUUCUAUACCAACAAGUGAUUCUUAAAGGAGACUUUAAUUACUUGGAAGAAUUUAAGCAGCAAAGGUUAUUAAGAUCCAGUAUAUUUGAAGAAAUUUCAAUAAAAUGUAAACAUCAUCAGCCUACUGACUUAGUUGUGAAAAACCUGAAGAAGUUACUCACAUAUUGUGAAGAUGUCUACUUGUAUUACAAGCUGGCAUACGAACACAAAUUUUAUGACGUUGUAAAUGUGCUUCUGAAGGACCCUCAGACAGGUUGCUGUCUAAAGGACAUGCUAGCAGGUUAG